AGUAGUUCGGCCGACCACCGCGCGGCGCUUACGUACCCGUACUAUUCCGUGUCGCCCGUUCUCAAUACAAAGAACACCUCUGUAUUGUAAAAAAUCUGUGAUGUAUUGAUUAAUUUCAACUUUAUCCUCUCGCUAACAACCGUCUAACACCACAGUGAAGUUCAAACCAGUGUUAAAAUCAAAGAAAACGUCGAUUCCAAAGCGUUUUGAACGGGCCACGUCCUAUGAAAUUCCUCAUUUAUCGUUGAAUAGAAUCUAGCGGUCGGAGGAACAUGGAGGGCCCGUCGCGGCGUCUCUGAAUGGAUUGAUCGUGUUUUAUAUGUGAAAUUGUGGACGUUCCGUGGUGUUUAGUGAUAUUUGAAUGUAAAUAUGGAUUGGUGUUUGUGUGAAACAGUGUAGGUAGCACAGAGUUCGUAGCGUCUCCGUCGUAUUAUGCGAGUCGAGUAAACCAGUCAGAAUGGUUUCGCUCACGUACUUCGGCCUCCGUCACACGCCGUGGACCGUCCUGGUGCUGAUUUUCUUCAUCGAAAGUGUGAUGGGGAACUACGCCAAGUCCUUCUACAUACAUUGGAAUACCACAAACAGCAUAUUUAGAAUAGACAACACCGAUCACGUAUUCGACUUGAAUAAAGGCAACGCGCAGUUUGAGUACGACCAAGUGAACAUAAUAUGUCCAGUGUACACGCCAGGGACUUUUGAGGAGGACACUGAAAAAUAUAUAAUUUAUAAUGUGAGCAAAGAAGAGUACGAUACGUGUAGAAUAACGAAUCCGAAUCCUCGGAUAAUAGCUAUAUGCGAUAAACCGCACAAAUUGAUGUUUUUCACAAUCACCUUCCGGCCAUUUACCCCGCAGCCGGGCGGACUAGAAUUCUUGCCCGGGAAGGACUACUACUUUAUAUCGACCUCUAGUAAAGACGAUCUGCACAGACGCAUUGGAGGUCGAUGUCUGAGCCAUAAUAUGAAGCUGGUGUUCCGGGUGUGCUGCAAGCCGGAGGAGCAGUCUCCUCCGCCGCAACCACAGCCCACCCUGCCACCACCGCCGCCACCACCCACCACGCCAUCCACCACCACGACCACGACAACAAUGAAGCCGGUCACUAAAAAGACGCACAAGUACGACAAGACGCCGAAUGAAGUUAUCAAGAGUGAGGAGUUGUCUCACUCGCGCGGGGCUGCGUUGGCUUCGUCGCUCGCUCUCGCCCUGGCCGCGAGCGCGGUUUUAGCGCCCCUGGCUCGGUGAAUGUGCGCCCGGGCGGCUCGACCACCGCGACCCGACCUCGUCGACAAGCCAGGCCCAGCACAGACUCUACACACGCUGCAUUUGCGCCCAGACACUCUGAUUUAUACGUGAAUAUGUGCGUAAGAAACAGUGUUAGAUGUAAAACUAAAGUGAACAGUAUAAGUGAUGUGCCCCAAGGAUUGUGGAUCUGACUCGACUAGUAAGUAAUCGAAUGGUGAUGAAGGGAUGUGCAAAACUCAAGUUCCGAUCAAGUUCCAAACGACAAAACUUUAGUCUGUAAGGGACACGAGAGCCUAAUUUUUAUCUAAGUAAUUAUGGGCCUACCGAGUAAUCGAACUAAUUUGUGAAGUUACUUUUCAUUAGAUGUCAAACCGUAGACUAUCAGUUAAAUAUUUAUAUAUAAAGAAAUGUUAACAUGUAUGAUAAAAUUAGGUUUCUUAAACCAUUUAGGAAUUAACGAUUUUUUAUAUUUUUCAUUAUGCAAAAGAUAUUUGUAAUAAGACUUAGGGUUCUUAACGGAUCAAUGCAGAUAAUAGGAAAACGUAUAUAAAGAAGAAUUAGGUAGCUUUUUUUAAUUUUUAGUCCAAAAGACAAUUUUUUUUAUUUAAUUUCAAAACAACAGAUAUUGCAUUAAUUAGAAUUUAUUUAUAAAUAUAAAUGAAAAUCUUUUGGACAAGUACAGAGUCUUGUCCCGACCACUGUGAUUUUGGUUUUAGUAUUUUUCUCUUUAUAAAAUGCUUUUAUUAUGUGAUAUAUUUACCUUUUAUGUAUUAAAAGUGAAGCCUUUUUCACCUCAUUUCUCUUGACUGAUUUUGCAUUUCAGCUUUUUAAUUUUUAUUUAAAGAAAAUAAAUUAUAUAUAAAUCGCUGAGAACACCACUAUCUUAGAAAAUGGCUGUAUAGACGCCAUUUUAACAUCGAAAUAGCUAAUGAAAUAUAAAAAAAGAUGGUGGAAAGCGUUUUAUAGCUAAAUAAAAUAAUUGAAACCUACACCUAUUUAGAAGAGAUGAAAUUUUCAACGAUGUUGUUAUAACAAUGAAAAUUUCAUUUUUUCCAUAGACACGAAUAAGCACUCUCGUGCCAUUUUGGAAACGUGUUAAAUAACAUGUUCUAACAAUAUUAAUGAAAUAGUCAAAUAGUUUAAUAGUAGAUGAAAUAGACCGGUUUUCUUUUAGAAGUAACUCAAUAGCGACAGUUGAUAUAAUUUAGGUAGCUCAUAAGAAAACGUUUGACAUUUCAAAUUGUAUUGAGAUUAUAAACAAAAGCCUAAUGUAAUUCCCCAAAAAGUGACACGUUAUUAGUCAAAUUACUUGACACAAUCGAUUUUGAAGGUAAAGAAAAUGAAUUUGAUCAAUCAGAUGAUAUUUCUAAAGUAAUUGAUGAAGAAUAGAAUAUUCUGGAUGACAAAACUAAUUACUGUUUUAACAAAACAACGCAUAUGGUUGAAUCCAUAUUUAAAGGAAUUCAGAGGAAAGCUUAUUAAUGUGAGUCAUUGCAUAGGAAUGAUAUUCGACCUAUCCACAGCAAGCCUAUAAGUCAUUCCAAUGUGACAUUUGCAGCAAUUUAUCUCAAUUCUCCAAGAUUUAUUCAUAAUAAAUAAAGAAAUGCUAUACCACAAAAAAUGGUGGAUUCUUAUCGAUAUAUCAAAAAUGAGUUUCCAUAACUUCUGGUAUGAUUCAAAAAGCAUCUGGCCGUAAAAGAAAGAAAUAAACGUUCUAAAUUUAAACUGCAGCUAAUUAAAGAUAAAAAGAACGUGACACUAAAAAGGUUUCAUUCUCUUUUUUAAAAACAAAACGGUUUUUAACAGUGACUUUGGUCGUGCAUUGUUUCCUAAACAAAUGUCAGUUUAAAAAUAGUUUGUAGCUUUAAGACGACAUCACAAUUUUAGACUACAAGCUAUUACCCGUGACUUGGUUUAGGAGCAAAUGAAAUGUUUAUGUGACAAACGAAAACAAAAUGAUCAUUCAGGAAUUAUUAAUCCGCUUAAAAACUAAACUAUGUGCUAUAUUAGCCUCUAGCCAGAUACCAUUUAUGCGCUUGUAUAACGAGAAAUCAAAAAUUCUAUUGGAAUGACGUGAAUUUUUACACUUGUCAGUAUCAUUUCCAUACAUUUAAUUUUUACUCUCUCAGCAAACUAGCGCUUCUGACCGUUGGCUCAAAGCACUGAACUAUAAUCUAUCUCUAUGCGAUUCGCGGAUAUCAGUUUAUUGAUUUUUGCGUCUAUAACUUUAAAUCUUUGCAUUGAUAACAUUUUUUUCAUAGCUUUGUCAAACACAAACACAAUAACAGACCUCAAAAUCAACUCGACCGAGUUUUAGAUCAGCAUGAAAGUACGGAUAAUCGAUUUAAGAUUUAGCAUAUUCGAGCUUUAAAAAUAAACAAAACACUCGUUGACUUGAAUAAAAUCUGCCCUCAAUAUUGGUGCGAUAUUACAAAAAGACUCUUUGGAUCGAAAGAUUUCUCUUCAGACGUCCAUCUUGAUAUAAUUCUGCCAAUUUCUCUUUGAAUGAUAUUCUAUUUUUAUCAUGAUUAUGAUAAAAAGUUAUAACUUAAUGAAAUGUGUCCCGAUUUUAAUUAAUUUUAUUAUUUUUACUUGAUAUUGAUAUGGAAUUAUCUAAUGAAGCCUUUAAAGUUUUAAUGCUUUGAAGUCUGUAACUCCGUUACACAAAACUACUGAACAUCUUAUUUGGAUAAAAUUUUGUAUAAAGGUAGAUUAUGACAUAGAUUAGCCCAUUUAUAACUUUUAAUCCCGUUUUAACAUCAAAACUAAGCUAAAUUCCUUGAAAAACUCAGAAAUAUUUCAAAAUUUGUCGCCUUUAGACGAUAAUUUUCAAUUCUCAUCGACAACGGAUAUUGGUAUCGCUACAAACCUUUUGUUGUUUGCAUUUCACAUGUCAUGAGCGGAAGGUACUGGACAAACACCCGAGAUAUUACAAAAUACACAUUUCUACCACGCCUUUGUUCGAGAACACAUCCUCUAUUUUACGUUUACUAUGCGUCAUUGCGACGAAAAGGCGUAACAUUGAUUUUCUGCUAAAAAUGCGAAUUUUUUACACUAUUUGUUCUGAAUAAACAUUUUGGCAACUAUCUGGUCUCAAUCUUUCAAAUUGUUUUCAAAGUUUGUCUUGCUUAUAACUUCUGCCAGUACCUUCAACCGAGUUCCCAUCAAAGCAGAACAGACUAUAAUUUACCCCUGUUCCUUAUUUCAGCUAUUUUGACAUGAUUGAAUUACAAACAUAUACACGAACAUUCACAAUUAUAAUGCUAAGUAAAAUAUACACAGAAAUUUAAAUCCUACAAAUAACAGUUCAGUUUAAAAUACCCCAUAAGUUAUAGGCAACAACGUGAUUACAAGCAAAAAUGCAUAGAAUACCCAGUCACUUCCUAGAAAACCAUUGCAUUGGCUAAAGCUUAAGCCAUAAAAUCGGUACAAUAUGCACUAUGGCUCCCUAGUCUUAACGAUAUGAGAAAGCAUGAAGCAAUAAAUUGUAUGGAACAAAAGGCUUAGAGUCUUUACAAAUAUUAUUAGUUAGAAGUAAAAGUCGUUAUUCUAACGAGUUCUUAACUGUAACCUAUACACUUUAGUUUUCAUCUUCAGACGUGUCGAAAUCUUUCUUGUUAGAUUUAACUGUCGUUGAAGGAAUUUCGGUUAAUGCUUUACAGAUUUGGGUAAUUACAUUUUCUAUCGUAGUUGUUGUGAUGUCUGUUGCCUAGAAGACAGUUAUGUUGUCAAAGUUUAAUGAUUUUAUCUCGCUUCAUCAAGUGAUAUUUUCAUUUUUUUGGCUAUCUACAUACCUUUCGACUUAUUGAAUAUAAACAGCAUUUAACAGUUAUAUAUUUCAAGAGGGAAACUUGUCUAACGUAAAAUAAUACUAAAGAAACUUUGAUAGCAAGUCAAACCAGUCUAUAUUUUUUUACAUGUUAAAAGUAUUUUUCCUUUUCUUCUAAAACAAGUAAGAAAAACACUGGAGUCCCUCAGGGUUACAUUAUAGGCCCAUCAUUAAAGUAUCAAUAUCAAUUUACCUUACCUCUGAUCGUACAUUAAAACCAAACUGCGUUCUUUAAAAAGUUACAAUAGCGACUGCCAAGCUCAAGAUUUUGAAACCAAAAAGUAUUAUUAGUGUUGUCCAUUUCAAAAUUUACAGUAUCAGCAUGGCAUGUAACGUAGUGCUCAGUAUUGCUUGCACCCUUUGGUCUGAUAUCAUAGCUAUUAAUACCAAGUAUACUACAGACUGUCUGUCUAUUCCUUGGGAGAUUAACGGACGUAAUGUUAUGUUAACUUUUUAUAAAGCUCGCACAUAAAGAUGUAACCUCGCCACAGGUAUAACAAGUAACCAAGUCUUACAGUCCGUUGAGUGGUUCUAUUUUUAUUUUAAACUAAACAGUUAAAUAUCUACUUAGCGUUUCUGGGUACACGUUUGUUUUAACAUCGCUUUCAGUUAUUUUCAGUUCCUGAAGGGUUUGUGAACGAACCAAUCUUGGAUGCAUGUUUGUAAUAAUUUAAACUGUGUUAUUCUUUUUCUAUAACACACCUUUUUGAUGUCUUCGACUUGUUAAAAACGUCAGGGAUUUCGUUUUUUUCUUCGUUUCUCUUGUUUUUUGAGAAAGAUUAAGUUGUUUCGGUUUUUUUGAAAAGGGUUUUUUCGAUGUUAAUGUGUCGUUAAAGUCUUGUUGUCUUGGGUAGUUCGUAAAUUAUCGAAGUGGUGGGCGCUUUUGGUCUUUCUUGUGUCCUAUGACAAUAUUUGUUUGUGUUUCAUUAUUGUUUUUAUCUUUUGUUAUCAUCGGGAUUGUUUUUCUUGGUGAUCAAUUGAAUAAUAUCUAUCACUCGUCAGUGAAGCUAUUUGCUCAUUCAAAGAGUAUUCUAUGGUAAUCAAGCUAGGAUUAAUGUUACUCAUUUUCGUUUUAUUUACCUAUAUCAUAUCAUUUUAAAAUAAUUGCUAGGAUAAAUACCACAAAACGGUAAAUAGUACUCGAAUGAUAUUUAAUUGUAUCUCUAACUGUUUUCUCCAAAAUUAUGACCAAGAAAGUAAUCAUGCAAAUAUCAUUCCUUUGCAAAAUGUUUCUCUAGCUUUGCGCACUUAAUGAAAUAAUUAUAAUUAAUGUUUGUUUCUUCAUAGGAACCGCCUUCAAUUAUUCCGUCGUUAUUAUGAAUAGUUUUAUUCAUUUCUUUAUUAACCUCUUUGGAAUCAUGAUCAUGAUUGAAGUUUUUUUCGUCUUUUAAAAUUACUUUUGCUGGUAUAUAGUUAAUGUCAGAAUAUUUAUUUCAAUUAAACAGUUCUUUGGUGGUUUUAAUAUUUAAAAUUGCAAAUUGAAGCAUUUCAUCUAGUUAUUUGCGGCGUUAAGCUGAAAUACAGAUACAAACUGAAGUCCUUUUAUUAUUAGAUCACAUGAACCGUACGGUAUUAUUAAAGCAUUACUAAAAACUGGUCACAAUUUCUAAACUUAAACGAAUUUCUUUUACCUAGGAAUCGAAUCCACAAUCCCAUACUGCACAGUAGCACUUACAACUAACGAUUUAGUUAUAAAAACCAUUUCUCAUAAUACAUUAAACGCAUCAUAACUCCAUUUUGAAAUAAAUUUAAUUAACUAAAGAGAAUAUGAAACGUAAUUAGUUGAUAUAUUUAUUGUUAUUAUACGAACGUGAUUAUGGCGUUUAUUUCGGGACUUUGAACUCUGAGAUGGGAUUUAUAUGACAUGACGUUAUAGAAGUCGCAAAAUAUAGGUGGCUAACCUAUGACAUGUGGUAUUUAUAAAACUCCCAUUAUAAUUUUUAAUCUUCUCAUUUUUAAUCUCAGUAGUAGCACGGAGUCUGGAAUUGUGCCCGG